UUUCCUUUUCUAGAUGGCUUUCAAACGAAUCUUCUUGGUUCUUCUACUCUCUGCGAUUGCAUUAGCUCGUCCAGAUGGACCAGGAAGUCCAAAUCGCGCUGAUAAACCAGAAGGAAAGAAAGGACCAGGUGGAGCACCAGAAGGACCACACUUCUCAAGACCACUUCCACCAUUCAUUGCCAACCUCAGCAUGGAAGCUAAGAUCGAGUUUGAUUCAGUUUUCAAGAAUAAAAGUUUGACUCUUGCUCAAAUUGAUGCUCAAGAUGCUCUUCUGGUUGAAAAGUAUGGAGUUGCUGCAGUUUACAAAGAAUUCAAAGCUAAUGUAACCGCCUAUCUUGCUGAAGUGAAGAAAAACCAAACAAAAGUGAUCAGUAAUUUGUCUUCUGUCGCUGAAAAGAUCGAUGCUAUUUUGUCAAACAAGGACCAAACACGCAAGGCUCAACAUGAAGCCCUCAUUGCUCUUCGCAAAGAAUUCCCUAUUGAGUUUGAUGUUCUCAGAUUUAUUAGCUCUCCAAAGAGAGACCCAAAAGGACCAGGAGGACUAAGAAGACCAAAGGGACCAAAAGGUCCAAAAGGGCCAGGAGGACCACAUGGAAAGCCGCCAGGAGGACCAAAGAAGGUAUCUGAGGAAAAAGAAGCUAGUGGAAGUGCUCAGGCAUCCAGCGAAGACAAAUAGAUAAUUUCAAGUUUCGGGGUUUUUAUUGGAAAAUAAAGAAUUAAUUCGGAA